AUGCUUCCGCUCUAUAACAUCUCGGUGAAGAACACCUUCCUGGAGUUCAUGCCAGUGGAACUGUGCAACCCACAGUUUCGCAAAACCUCGUCUUGCCCUUGUUUGUCAUUCGUCGACGAUGCUCCCAAGAGUGAGACUGAGGGAAAGACAGUCAGCUCCGAGUAUCUGCCAGAUGUUGCAAGCUCCUUGUCAACUGACAGCGAUGUUCCGACAGAGAAACAUGUGGAAGGCAAGCUCAACAAGCUUGAGGCAGCUUUUGAGAAAGAAAAGAACAGUGAGGCACCUGGAGACUACGGGCGCUCGCGUGCCAGCAAGAACAGUAGCUCCAAAGCUACUCUUACGAGGCAGAUGAGGCUCAACAAUGAGUUGGUGACGGCGAAUCUGUGCACCAAACCUGACAUUUUCAAGUUGGUUGCCAAACAGCUUCCUGGAAUGAAUGCUAUCAACUUAUCAACAGCAAUGCAUCGCAUUGCUCGACUUGGUGGGCCUCGUGAUGAAGAUGACACGCUGGUCCUGAACGCCUUGCUGGAUGCGAUUCGGAAGCAAACUUGGCGUGAGAUCGCAGCAAACGAUGGUUCAAUGCCAGCCAAGUGCGCCACGAUCAUUGCGUGGUCCAGUGCAUCUUUGCAGGUGUUCCCACAGGACUUGUUGGCAGCGCUCAUUCAAGUGGUGGCACGGGGACUGAAGACUUGCAAUGACUUUGAAGUCACCAAUGCCUUGUGGGCAUGUGCCCAGUGUGUCAAGCACCUUCAGCACCUUCCUUCCACUUCCACCGACCGGGCCAGCCUUGACGGCCUUGACUCGACCGCAAAUCAGCACUGUCCUUCUCGACGAUGCCCAGUGCAAUUUAUACAGACGCUUCGCGCACUCAUUUACGCGGUCGAGGUCUAUUUUCAGGGUCGACUUCAUGAGGUCAAAGUGCAGGUUCUGAUGUCGGCACUUGUCUCAAUCGCCACAUUGUCUUCAGUUGAACAUGUCGCCCUCGCUACUCUCUUUAAGAGCAUUUGCGACGCGUUGGCAGCGAAGAGCAGGGAGUUGUCAUUCAACAACAAGACCCAGAUAGGAGUUGCUGGCCACAUCAUGAGCAAAUACAACAAGCGAGUGGUGCGGGACGCACACAAAUCCUUUUCUGAGCAGUGCCCGCAAUUAGCGCGCGCACUUCAGUGGUAA